UCCGAGGGCUUCACUUCUGGAAAGUGGACCAACUCAACACGCUCCCCUGGACGCUGGUUCUCUGUCAUGACGAGUUCAACUGGACUAGUCUUCAUCUCCUCUGGUGGAACAAACGUCAGCCACUCAUAGACCACGCCAAAGUCCCUGUCUGUUUGUCAAAGCUUUUUAUGACUGCGCACCAAUCGAACCACAGCAGACAGAAGAGCGUUUCCUUGGUGUGGCACAGUCGCGUCCACACCUCACACCCACAGCCAUAUCCCUCCGCGCUUUGGAUUGUGGGAAGACCACAGCAGUUUCAAGAUGGCGGCGAGUAGGCGGCUGCUCAAGGAACUUGACGAGAUUCGUACAUCUGGAAUGAAAAACUUCAGAAACAUUCAAGUUGAAGAGUCGAACCUAUUGUCAUGGCAAGGGCUCAUCGUUCCUGACAACCCUCCCUAUGACAAAGGUGCGUUCAGGAUCGAGAUCAUCUUCCCAACGGAAUACCCCUUCAAGCCUCCCAAGAUCACAUUUAAAACAAAGAUCUAUCAUCCCAACAUCGAUGAGAAGGGCCAGGUGUGCCUGCCUGUCAUCAGUGCAGAGAACUGGAAGCCAGCCACCAAAACUGACCAAGUAAUUCAGUCGCUGAUCGCGCUGGUGAACGACCCGCAGCCGGAGCACCCCCUGAGGGCAGACCUAGCAGAAGAAUACUCAAAGGACCGUAAAAAAUUCUUGAAGAACGCAGAAGAAUUUACAAAGAAACACGGUGAAAAGCGGCCAAUAGACUGAUGAGCUGAUGAGUGUGGUGCCCCCUCUCUGUCUCCUCUUUCUCUUCCCCUCGCCUCCUUCCUCACCUGCCUGAGCAAAGUCAGUCUCCUAACCUCCCCUCACACACGCACACACACACACACACACACACCUUACCCUUUCCCCUCCCCCCUCCCCUCGUCUCCGCCCACCACAGUGGUCCUCCUGAGCUGAGCCAGGUAGCCUCAGCAGCCCUUCUCCAUCUGGGACUAUCUGUGGAUCAGACAGCUUCCUCCUCCUCCUCCUCCUCCUCCUCCUCCUCUUGCUACUCCUCAGCCAUGACUCUCCAAACCAUCACUAACUUUCUACUCUUUUUCUUCAACUUCACAUGGAAGUUUGAUAGAAUCAGCGAUGUGUUCUGUUGGCUGCUCCUUUAUAUAUUAAUUGUGUUCUAGAAGUCACCUAGGUUUUAUUUUCAACAAGAAUUUUGUUAUUUUGCUGAGUAACAGAGAGCAAGCGUGUGUGUGUGAGUAUGUGUGUCUGUGUGCGCACGCGCAUAUGUGAGUGUGUGUGAGUGUGUGUGUGUGUGUGGCGAGUUUCCUCCACUGCUUCUAGACUUGCACUGUUCUCUGGACUCAUGGCCCACAACCUCAUCCUCCUACUUUCUAACCCGAGUACACACACACACACACACACACACACGCAUACAGACACACUGUCAUCGGGAGUGAUCAAUAAACCUGUUCAGCUCAGUUUUUCUCUA